UUUAUUCAGAAAGAUCACACCACAAUUACUCAUCAACAAAUAUGGCGACAACUAACGGAGUAAGCACAACAGAACAGACAACAAUGAGCUCCAGUGGGGAUCAAAACCCACCUGGAAACCCUGCUGAUCGCAGAAAUCAGGUAAUGGUUGGCGAACUGCCUACCGACUUCCUUCGGACAGGUCCUCCUCUGACUCAAGAGCAAGAAGACGAACGCAUAGCACGCAUUCUGCAGGCUCAGCAGCAGGCAGGGAUGAAUCAUGUGGUGACCGCGUCCAACUUCGCAGGUCGUCUCAGCAUCUCGGUGGUGCAGGCCAAGCUAACCAAGAACUAUGGACUGACCAAAAUGGACCCGUACUGCCGGGUGCGUAUUGGCCACACCGUGUUUGAGACCCCAACAGCGUACAAUGGGGCCAAGGCUCCUCGGUGGAACAAAACGGUCACCACGUAUCUGCCUGUAGGAGUUGAUUCCAUGUACAUGGAGGUGUUUGAUGAGCGAUCUUUCACAAUGGAUGACCGCAUCGCGUGGGCUCACAUCAAGAUCCCUGAGACUGUGAUGUCAGGCGAGACGGCAGACGAGUGGUUCCCGCUGAGUGGCCGACUAGGAGACGACAAAGAGGGAUCCAUCAACCUGGUGCUCUCCCUUACCCAGUGAUGGGCCAGACUCCCGUGUACCCCCCUCAGCAGCCUCAGCAGCCUCAGCAGCCGCCGCAGCCCAUGUUCACAGAGGAGGACCUGAAGCAGGUCAAGGACAUGUUUCCCAACAUGGAGGAGGAGGUGGUCAAGUCGGUGCUGGAGGCAAACCGAGGCAACAAGGAUGCAACCAUCAACUCUUUGCUGGCCAUGAGCA